GUAGAAUUAUUACCUAUAGUACAAUUAGUAUAUAAUACCUCCCCUACGGAAAUUACUAAAAUUUCACCUUUCUUUACAAAUUACGGGUAUAAAUUAGAACUUUUAGAAAGAUUAAAUACGAACGUCCCUAAAGCUUUAAUUAAAGCUAAGAAAUUAUAUAUAUUAUAUAAAAAGUUCAAAGGAAAAUUAAAAUUCGUUAAACAAAAAAUAAACCAAUAUUUCAACCUAAAAAGGCUCGAGGGACUUCGCUUUAAAGAAGGGAAUAAAAUCCUUUUAUCUAUUAAAAAUUUUAAAAUAAAAAGACCCAAUAAGAAAUUUAACGACCGACGGGUAGGGCUAUUUAAAAUUAAAAAGAAAAUCUCU